AUGGCCGAAAACGACCUCGACUCGUCCUUCAUCCCAGCCUUACACAAGCCCUCGUCAUUGCUCCCGAUAGCAAAACACCGCGAGAGCUUACUCUAUGUCAUUGAGACGUAUCCAGUCACCAUAGUCAUCGGCCAGACGGGAUCCGGCAAAAGCACGCAAAUCCCCCAGUUCCUCGAAAAGGCCGGAUGGUGCUCAGACGGGAAGAUCAUCGGGGUCACCCAGCCGCGUCGUGUGGCUGCCACCACGGUUGCCCUACGCGUUGCUGACGAGGUCGGCUGUGAGAUUGGUAAAGAAGUCGGAUACUCCAUCCGCUUCGAAGAUGUCACCUCGUCGGCGACCAAGAUCAAGUUCUUGACCGACGCACUUCUCAUCCGGGAAGCGUUGGCGGAUCCUCUGCUGAGCCGGUACUCUGUCAUCAUGGUUGACGAGGCUCACGAGCGGUCUAUCAGCACCGACAUCUUGCUGGGCCUGUUGAAGAAGAUUCGCAAGAAGCGGCCCGAGCUCCGCAUCAUCGUCAGCAGCGCGACCAUCCAGGCCGAGGAGUUUUUCGAUUUCUUCACGAGGGGCUCUGGGCAAGAGUCGCAAAAGGAGCAAGACGGCCGGCGGUCAAGUGACAUCGCAACCAUUGUUAGUCUCGAGGGACGGACAUAUCCAAUCGAUGUUCUAUAUCUUGAGUCUCCAACGGAAGACUACGUCGAGAAAGCCGUCAGCACCGUCUUUGACAUCCACACCCAGGAAGGAGAGGGGGACAUACUAGUCUUCUUAACGGGCCGUGAAGAGAUUGACAAUGCGAUCCAAGCAGUGGCCGACAGAGCCCUUGAGCUAGAUAGCCGGCACGGCCCUCUGCAGCCGCUCCCGCUCUAUGCAGGGCUUUCGACAGAGCAGCAAAUGUACGUGUUCGACAAGCCACCAGAGGGAACGAGAAAGGUCGUCUUCUCGACAAACAUUGCCGAGGCUUCGGUCACAAUCGACGGCAUCGUGCAUGUCAUAGAUUGCGGCUUCGUCAAGCUGCGUGCUUACAACCCCAAGACGGGCAUCGAGACGCUCACCACCACGCCCAUAUCCAAAGCAUCCGCCUCUCAACGAGCCGGCCGAGCAGGCCGCACAAAAGCCGGAAAAUGCUACCGCCUCUACACGGAAGAUGCCUACCAGACGCUGCCAGAGACCAACCCCCCAGAAAUACAGAGGUCGAACCUCGCUUCAACCGUCCUGCAGCUGAAAGCUCUUGGCAUCGAUAAUGUCGUUCGAUUCGACUUCCUUUCUGCGCCCCCGGCAGAGCUCAUGUCCAAGGCGCUCGAACUGCUCUACUCGCUCGGCGCCCUAGACGACUACGCAAAGCUAACACACCCGCUUGGAUCUCGCAUGGCAGAACUCGCCGUUGAGCCCAUGAUGGCUAAGACGCUCCUUUCGGCGCCCCAAUUCAACUGCUUGAGCGAAAUGCUCACCAUUGCCGCCAUGACGAGCCUCGGCGGGAAUGUGUGGUUCUAUCACGACGGUGAACGCAACAGGAUGGAGUCUUCUAGGCGCAAGUUUGCCGCGGAGGAAGGAGACCAUUUGACGCUGCUUAACGUUUACCAGACGUUCAUCACGAAGGGGAAGAAGGAGGCGAGGUUUUGCCACGAGCAUCAUCUCAAUUACAAGUCCAUGACUCGGGCGAUUAGCAUCCGAGCUCAGCUCAAACGCUACCUUGAGCGAUUCAAUAUCAAGGUUGAUGAGACGCUUUCUUCUAAUCACCCUUCAUCAACAGUUGAUAAUAGCAAGAAAGCAGAGAACAUCAGACGUUGCCUCACGUCUGGCUACUUCGCCCACGCAGCGCGUAUGCAGCCGGAUGGAACUUACCGCAACGUCGAAGGCGGCACGGUUCUGCACGCGCAUCCCAACUCGCUCAUGUUCAACCGCAAGGCUGAUUGGGUCAUAUUCCAUGAGGUCAUGGAGACGGGCGAGAAGACGUAUAUCCGCGACAUCACCAAGAUUGAGAAGAACUGGCUGGUUGAAUAUGCGCCCGAGUUUUAUAAACUCUCUAACACAACUGCUCGACCUUGA